UCGCUGUCGCAAUGUUUUCAAGACUCCACCAGACCCUCCUUACAACGAAAAGAAAAACAACCGGAUUCAAGUGAAAUACUUAAACAAGCUGGUCGGCAGAGAUAUGGAGCACUUGAUACCACAGUUUGCCUUUUAAUACAUGGACCUCUGUUAACGCCGAGGCGAGGGAUGCUGGAGCCGAGGAGUAGACCCAUGAUGCGGUGUGCGUUCAUCAUGUGUUAGCAUCAAGGAUCCUUGAACAAAAGAUACAUAUUAAAGCCAUUUUACAAGGACGCGAAUCGAGCUCCAGGAUGACUUUGCUGGCUGCAGUUGUGCUGCUUUGCCUCUCUGGGUGGGUCACUCUUUACGUGAUCCUUUGCAACAUCAAUGGCUCCCGGGGCUAUGAAUGGAACUGCCGGCUGGUGACCCUGCUGCAUGGCGUGCUAGUUGUCUGCAUCACAGCCUACAUCGGCUAUGUGGACGGACCCUGGCCCUUCACAUACCCAGGCACAAAGAACACCCCUCUGCAGAUCAGCGCCAUGGUCCUGAGCCUGAGCUACUUCAUCUUCGACAUGGUGUGGUGCAUGUACUUCCGCACGGAGGGCCCCGUCAUGCUGGCCCACCACACGGUCAGCAUCCUGGGCAUCAUGGUCACACUGUGGCUGGGCGAGUCGGGCGUGGAGUCCUGCGCCGUCCUCUUCGGCAGCGAGAUCACCAACCCCCUGCUGCAGGCGCGCUGGUUCCUGCGCCGCACGGGCCGCUACGAGACGGCGCUGGGCGAGGCCGUGGACCUGGCGUUCGUGCUGCUCUUUGUGUUCAUGCGGGUGUUUGUGGGCGGGGCCAUGCUGUACUGCGAACUGAUCUCGCCCCGGCCCCGCUUCUUCAUCAAGUGCGGCGGCGUGGCCAUGUACGCGCUGUCCUGGGUGUUCAUGGUGGACAUCUGGCGCUUCGCCAAGCGGAAGUACGGGAGCAAGAUGGCGCAGUGGAGAGAGCAGGGAGCCAGGAGCCUGAAGAACGGGGCGGUGGUGGGAGACGACGCUCAUGAAGGGAAACUUGACUGAAAUUUCUGCCACUUUUUCAACACUGUUUUUGUUGUUGUUGUUGUUGAUGUGGUUUUGCUCAUUUUGGAAUGGACAUGGACAAAGGGAGCGUGCAUUUGUCUACAUGACUGUCAACUGUACUGUACAAGUGAUUUCAGAAUAUUGCUUUUGCUUCAGAUGUUACCGCGAAUACUGCUUAGUUUGGUCGUGCAUAAAGGACCUAGACCGAAGAGGAAAGUAUGUUGCACAAGGUUAAGAGUGAUUCUUAAGAGGCUUAUUUCAGCGUCAUUCCAAUUUAAGGGACCAUAGGUCUAAUGACCAACUGGGCUACUGGCUAUUACUAUGAAUGGAUGUCCCCAAGAGACAUAUUUUAGGGUGGGAAGAUGUGAGUGAUUAUAUUUCGGGAUAUAAUUCACUUUUGUGUGAUGACAGUGAUGCAUAAUUUGUGGAAAAACUAGUUCUGUCAUUUGUGAAAAAGAAAUGUAUGUGUGAAAUCAUCUCUGCCACAAAUAUUUGUCAGUAUUCUCUUGAAGCCUGUGUUUGGUCCUAUCACUGAAGUUCGAUCCACAGAUUUUGUCAAGAUUUUCAAUAUUAUCAAUAUGGUGCAAUGAAUAAUCUUUUACUUUCUUUUUGAUAAUGACUAAUUUGUACGUUUGUCUUAAAGUCUGACUCCUGUUUGUGUUGAGAAAGCACAGUGAGUCUCAAAAACACAAUUUCAUGACUUUCUUGGCUUUUAACAAAACGUGUUUGCUUGAUCCUUGUUAAAUACAAAAGGAAAACAUUCAUGUGAUAGGGUUGGCUGAUUUAUGUUUGCAUUGGCUAGUGCAUCGGCAAUGUAUGAGAACACUCGCAGAGAAAACCUAUUGAUGGUGUAAAGCAAGGGAGAAAUAAUUAAUUGGGAGAGAGAUAAUAUAUAUAUCUUAAUGGAAACAUUUCAGAAUAUCUAAUUUAUGCUAGUGUCUCUUUCACCAUAUUUAAUUCAACUUUAUAGUCUAGCAAAAUGCUUGAGACAUUACUAAUUCAUUUUCAUAGUGGACUUCUUCCAUUUCAAUGGUGCUGAUGAAUGGAUCAUGUGAUCAAUACUUUGUCUAUAUAGACAAAGGUUUUUUGUGCCUUAAAUCUGAAUGUACUUACCUAAACAUGUUGUUAAAGUGUUGUGAUGUAAUACAAUUUCCUUAAAACACAUGUGGGAGUAAUAAAUUGAUUUUGAUAACUUUUGACCAUUUAUGUAGACAUUUUUCAACUACCGUUUUUAGUCUCACGGGUGGUAUUGUGUAACAGGUUGCUUUUCCAUUUCAAUAAAGGCUACCUUACGUGUCCACAUGGUGGCAUCUUUGUUCAAAACAAACGCU